UUCAAUCCAUUUACGAGACACAACCAAAAUGUGGAACAAUCGUGUAUGUAUUGCUGUGUGUGUGUGCUUGUCCGGCUGUGUUUCGUAUUAUACGACGUGCAAAGAUGGAUGGCUUCCGUUUAGGGGCUCCUGCUACCUAUUCCAUGUCGAAGCAACGACAUUUACAGCAGCUGAGCAAUACUGUCGGCAACACGAAAACAGUCACCUUGUCCACAUAGACGAUGCCAUAGAAAACAGUUUUUUGAAAGACCGAAUGCGUCUGUUAAAAGAUCGCUAUUGGUGGAUAGGACUAAGAGAUGAAGAUAUUGAAGGAGUCUGGAAAUGGUUCGACAACGAUGAGAUUGCAACAUUUACAGGCAUCGAGGAUAAGCGUGUUUUACCCGUAUAUAACGUAUCUGAACUGGACUUCAAACCGGGCGAUGGAGGACCCCAUGACAUUGAAGAUUGCGCAACGGCGGAACCUGGUUCUGAUUAUCGUUGGGUCGAUGUCGACUGCUCUGUCACCGUAGAUGUGUUGUGUGAAACCAGAGGACACGAAGAGGCAUCAGUAAUCGGAUGAUGAAAGACGUUCACUGAAACAUACAGUUCUUAGACUUAAAACACGGAAAUGCUGCCUUUGUAGUUGUUUUGACAUAUAGUUCGACAGAAAAACUCUUGCAUACGCA